AUUUUUCAUGAUUAAACAAUCAUUCAAAACCAAAGUAGCUAUUAUGUUAUCAUAUAUUGGAACUAACUAUCAUGGACUCCAAUAUUAAAAUGAUUAUCCAACUAUUGAAUCGAAUCUAUUUGAUGCACUCAUCAAGACAGUAAUUUUUUAAUAAAACCAAGGAAUUUAGUAUCAGAUUUGAAUGCUGAUAGUAUUAAAAAGAUUGGAAUUACUAGAGGAGCUAGAACAGAUCGUGGAGUUCAUGCAUUAUGUAAUAUGGUGUCAUUGAAAUUAUAAAUUGAUCAAAAAUAUUGUUAAUCAAUAACAAAUAAUAAAUUAAUUGACAAAUGGAAUAUUAAUUGGGAUUAUUUAAUUCAAGAUUUGAAUUCACAUUUACCUUAAGAUAUUCAAGUUAAUGGUAUCAAACAUGUUACAUAAUCAUUUAAUGUUAAAAAUUCAGCUGAUUAGAGAAUGUAUAAUUAUAUUUCACCAUCAUUUUCUACGUCUGACAAGAUUCAAAACUUAUGUAAUUAAUAUAUAGGAACUCACAAUUUUCAUAAUUACACUUCUAAAAUUGAAUACAAUGAUCCAGCAUCAAGGAGAUUUAUAUAAGAGUUUAAGGUUCAACCUAUCAAAUUUCAAAAUGAUAACUAUUUGAAGUUCACAAUUCUAGGAAACAGUUUCAUGUAUCAUUAAAUUAGAAAAAUGAUUGGAACUAUUUAUUAAAUUAUACAAGAAAAAAAAGACAUUGAAUUUAUUAAACAAACCUUCACAUAAUAAAAACUUUCCUUAUAUAUAGCUCCAUAACAAGGUUUAUAUUUAAGGGAAAUCAAAUUCUUUGGAUAUAACAUGAAACCAGAUAUUCCAUAAAAAUUAGAGUACAAUUAAAAAUAAUAGAAACUGAUUGAUGAAUUUGAGGAUAGGCUAAUAAAAUAUAUUUGUGAGUAAUAUAAAAGUGAAAACAUCUUUGAGGAAUGGUAUAAAGAGAUAUAACAAUAUAAAGAAUGA